GGGAGAGGCGGGAGCUUCCCCCCGCCCCUCACGCCUCCUGCCGCCGCUCUCUGCCGCGGGCGACGGGGGCAGUGGGAGGCGACGCACCGGCCCUCGCCCUUCUUCUCGGCGGGGCCGCAGCCGCCAGCACGGCGAGUGCACAUCCUUGACCCCUGUGUCCAGUCUGUGCGACUUUGAAAGCAGGAAGGUUGCUGCUGGCUGUAGCUGGUUCUCACCAUGGGGCCGUGAAUAGUGGUACUUGUUUCCAUACUUGCUGUGGUUCUUCAGAUUUGUUCUUUUCUUGAAGUGGUAGGACUAGGAAACAGCUGUCGCGGGAUGAAGUCUCCACCGCUCCUCAUAGCUGCACUCGUGGCAUGCAUAAUUGUUUUGGGUUUCAAUUACUGGAUUGCAAGUUCUCGCAGCGUGGAUCUGCAGGGUCGAGUCAUGGAUCUGGAAGGCAAAGUCCGCAGGGCAGCAGCGGAGAGGGGUGCUGUGGAGCAAAAAAAGAAUGAAUUCCAAGGGGAGCUAGAGAAGCAGCGACAGCAGAUUGACAAAAUCCAGUCCUUGCACAGCUUGCAGAUGGAAAAUGCCAACAGAGUACAUCAGGAAGAGAAGGCAGUGCUGAUGAGCAACAUCACAGUAAAUGAUCGAUUGAUUCAGAGUCUACGAGAACACUUGAAAGACUUACAAACAGAAUAUGGAAAGCUACAGCUGGAUGUUUACUGGUUUCAAAAGAACCAGACUAACCUUCAGAAGAAGUUCUCAUAUGACCUGUCACAGUGUAUCAACCAGAUGAAAGAAUUAAAAGAACAAUGUGAAGAAAGGAUAGAUGAGCUUACAAAAAAGAAUACUGGUACACCACAAAUCAAAGAAAACAAAGACUUCACAGAAAAUAGACAGGUCAAUACUCCACUGCCAGCCUUGAAACAAACAGGGCUCAAGCAGGCUGACUUGGAACCGCAGAAAAACAGUGAAGAUGUUCCUAAGGCAGUACCUACAGUAAGAAAGGCAGACCUGGAGCAGGCUAAAGGAAGCCUAACUGACAUCAGAAAACAGGAGCAUAGAGCAGAAGAGGAGCAGUUGAAAAAACCUCAAGAGGCACUCAAAGGUGCUGCAGGUCCCAAGGAGAGGCUGCCUGAGUCAGAGAAAGAGCCAAAUGUACCUGAGGAUGAGAAACAUGUAGAUGGGCAAGAUGCGUUAGAGCCAGCAGCAGAGCCGGCUGCCAGUGAGGAAUUUGAGAGGGAACAGUUCCUAAAUUAUGAUGAUAAGCAGGACGACUUGCUCCCUGGAAAGGCUGACAAACAGGAUCAUGAAGCAGUGAACCCAGACAAGGAUGUUGAUUACAAUUUAGAUGUGAAUGAAGCUGAAUCAGAAACAGACAAGCAAGCAGCACUUGCAGGGAUUGAAAAUGUCCAAAACCCUGAAGAUAUGAAGAACCACUUACCUGACCGUGGUGAAGGACGGCAGAAGUUGUGAACAAAGGAAGUUCAUGUUGCAACUGAGUCACAGCUUCAUCCAAAUGCAGCUAUGAUCCAAGCAAACUGAUCUUAGAAGGUUUUGGUUAUCUUCUAAAGGCCUAAGUAAGGGCCCCAAAAAAGUAGAAUUUUCUUGUGAGGUUUUAGUACUGUUGAAGUGGGGAAAAGCUAAAUGUCUGGAUGCUUGUUUCAAAGCAGUUUGGCCUCUGCAAUAACUUUCUCCUUCCUUUCAAUUACUAAAUUGCAAUCAGGUAGCAAAAAGGUAGUAACUUUGAAGCUGGCUAGCUUGUAUAGCCAUACUGCAGUAAGCUGUGUGUUGAUUGGUGGUAGAUGAGCAGCCCUCUGCCAAGGAUGGAUCUGUCCCCCUGAGCAGUGCAACAAGUAGAGAAAUCCCCAACUUAGUUGUAAGAAUUUAAGAAGGAGCUGUGUUACUGUAACAGAACACAGCAAGGAUCAAAACCAGUCUAUGCUGCAAUCUACCCUUACGCCUGUUCUGGCACCUUUUUACUGCCACACAGACUGAGAAAAUACAACUGUAGUCCUCAGAUACUAUGCAGAAUGAUAUAUGUACCCAGACUUCUAAAUUAAAUACCUAGAUUACACUGUUGAGAUGUGUUCGUAGCUUCAAAGUUAAAACCAAAAAGGAUUCUGACAAUAGCAAAUUCUUAUUAAGAAACUAGGCAGGAAGAUUUUUCUGAAAGCUUUGUUCGAUUCCACCAGGUCAGUACUACAGUUUGGUUUGGUUACCACUACCUUGCACAAAUUUAGUGUAAAAAUUCAAACACAUAAACUUUUCAUGACAGAAGCCCUCUGAAAUAGUGUACUACAACUACCCUUUACUCCACUCAGCCACUAUAUUCUGCAAAAACAGAGAAAUGCAAAUGCUUGCCUUGUACAACAGCAAUUCAAUGUGACUAAUCUCUGCUGGACUUCUGAUGGGUUACCAGACUAUGCAUUUAGAGGACAUAGCAGUGUCUCCCACAGGUGAAGCUUUAGUUGUUGUGAAGUCUGAUAUUAAUCACAAUGUAUCGUUUUGUUAAUGUUCUACAGUCUUCUUCUUUUCUCUAACUUGUUAAAUGUAAACUAAAACCUCGUUUACUUGUGUUAAGCUAGACAUACCCUCUACUUAACUCUAAGGCACCCUUAGCUGCAGUCCAGUCACCAUGUAUAGCCAGCUGGUUUGAAGAAAUUUUUGUAUCUGCGUAUACCUGAGUUUUGGAGCAUUCUCUGAGUAUGAACGAACCUCUGUCGGGACAGCACAGCAGCAGACAGCUGUGACUAACUUGCCAACUGGCAUUCCAUUUAAGAAAACACAAAUUUGUCUUUGCUUUCUGUUAAAGCACUUUGUAACUCUUUUUCUGGUGUGUAUUCUUCAGUGUACUAGUUUAUAGCUGCUGUACCUUAAGAUAUCUAAAUAUGCAAGUGGAAGGCUGGCUCUUCUGUGUAUGAUGAAAGUAUUAGUUGUCAUCAGGUGAAGGUCAGAAUUUAAAUCAAAUGACACCUAUUAAGGCUAAACACAGGUCACUAACAGUUUUCCACCCUUUAAGUAAGACCUAACUGGUCUGGGCUACUACAGUCAGUACAGCAGGGAAAACGAAUACUUACAAGCAUCUGUUCUGACAAGUAUUGGGAAACUUGGGUUACUGGGAAUUUUUUUGCAAAUAAUGACAUGUUUUAAUAUCAAAGUGUUUACCAUAAUUUGGAUAAAAAUAUUUAUCCAUCAUCUGAGCAUUUCCUAGGACUUAUUAUGUAAACAAUUAUGCAGCUGAGAUUUAAGUUGAUCAGGAAUUUAAUAUUGAUUGUUAAAAAGCAUAUAUUCUAACAGUAAAAAAUAGACAAGGAAACACUGUAUUCAAGUUGAACGAAUAGCUUUACCAGUAUCAAGUUAAAAAUUCCAAAGAAUCAAACACUUGAAGGUAAUUAUAUAUUGCCAGAGUAUUUUAAAACUACUUGUUUUGGCUAUGCUUCUGUGUAUUUUUGGGCUUCUCCUAGCCCACUGGAUGUUGUCCUCCAUAAAUACAAAGCACACUUGUAAACCUCUGAGGGCAAAGGCUCUGAACGUCUGCACGAGGGCAAUGUUUAAAAGCAUGAAGGACUACAGUUUUAUUCACAAUGACUUCAAGUGCUUCAGUCUAAGUUGUGUGGUAGAUUUCUAGUAGGCAAGAGGCCUGUAUGUGUACUGUAUAGAAUUUUAGAAUUAAAGGACCUUUAGUUGAACAAGA